CUUGACGAGGCAGAGUCUGUGAUCUGGGACCGCCUGGUGGCCGAGUUUAGCCCUGUCGAGCUGGUGGUGCAGGACAUAUCAGGCGGGUGCGGGUCGAUGUAUGGAAUUGAGAUCAGCUCAGAGAAGUUCCGCGGCGCAAACAUGCUGAAGCAGCAGAGGAUGGUGAAUGCAGUGCUGGGGGACCUGAUGAAGGGGUGGCAUGGAUGUCAGCUCAAGACGAGGGUGCCA